AUGCCACCAGUCCUGAUUCUCCUGACCUUUCUUCUGCUGCCUGGAGCUGGUGGAGAGGAGAUCAUCGGGGGACAUGAGGUCAAGCCCCACUCCCGCCCAUACAUGACAUUUAUUAAGUAUGUGGAUGCCAAGGGGAAUGGGAAACGCUGCGGAGGCUUCCUGGUACGAGACAACUUCGUGCUGACAGCUGCUCACUGCCUAGGAAGCUCAAUGACAGUCACUCUUGGGGCCCACAACAUCAAGGCACAGGAGGAGACCCAGCAGAUCAUCCCUGUGGAAAAAGCCAUUCCUCACCCUGCCUAUGAUCAUAAAAAUGAUUCCAGUGACAUCAUGCUCUUAAAGCUGGAGAUUAAGGUCAACAUGACUAAAGCUGUGAGACCCCUGAAGUUGCCCUGGCACAAGGUCUGUGUGAAGCCAGGGGAUGUGUGCUCUGUGUCUGGUUGGGGAAAGAUGGCCCCAGAGAGAAACUAUGCAGACACACUCCAAGAGGUGGAACUGACAGUACAGAUGGAUCAGUUGUGUGAGUUCCACUACCGACGUUAUUACAACAAAGCCAAUGAGAUAUGUGUGGGGGACCCAAAGAUCAAACGUGCUUCCUUCCAGGGGGAUUCUGGAGGGCCUCUCCUCUGUAACAAAGUGGUUGCAGGCAUUGUCUCCUAUGGACAUAAGGAUGGUUCAGCGCCUAGAGUCUUCACCAGAGUGUCAAGUUUCCUAUCCUGGAUAAAGGAAACGAUGAAACGCAGCUAA